GCAUGUUGGUGCUGUGUCUCGCUUAAGCAGUUCAGUCGACGUGCAACGAAUACCUUUCUUCAUCGUUCUGAAUUUGUUGCUCUAAAUCAGUUCUGUGAAUGAUAAACAUGUGAUCGCGUUACAAAUAAUUUCGGUUGCGUGUUUAUUUAACUCACCGGAACUGCACGAAAGUCAAAACCAGUUUGAUUCGGUUGAUUAGUUUCCUUCCUCUUCCUUUAAUAUGAAACAGUAUGGCAGAGAAUGUGUUUUAGCUUGCUGCUUACUGAGUGAUAAUUGAUACAAUUGCAUUCUUUAUCCAGAACCAUUAGAGCUAUUAACAGAAUUGCAAAGAGUUAUAAUUGGUGCUAGCCGUGAAUUGGAAUGAUUGAAUAAUUUACAAUACAAGUAAAUGCAUUACACGCAUAAGUAAAUUGGAGCACAUGCAUUUGAUGUUGCACAGUUUGUGCAAAGAAAGAUGGGUAACAUUAUGAGCAGUAGUGAUUCAACGCUUCACAGACAACAGACGAACAGAGAACGUUGUGCAUAUUAUCGAACGAGAUCGCAAGAUCAAAUAGAUUAUACUACCACAAAACGGUGCUACUUUGAAGAUGAUAUCGACAGCAAUCGAAACAACGAUCAUGCAACUUAUAACAAUAGACAACAGUCUCCGACUCAGGAAAACUCUCGCAUGUUGUUCUUGUUGUACCUUAUUCAUCGAACAUGGAACGUGGUGGUCGAUAGUGUGGAUCAAAAAGGAAAAAAAUCUCGCUUGGGUCCGCCGCCGAAUUCAGAAGACAAAAUAGCCUCAAACUAUUUAUACAAUGAAGACUUUGACAUCGACCUCAAUCUUACAGAUUUGGACGACCAAUCGAGUAUGUAUGAAUCUCAAUACACAUUCUGCACUUGCAGCUACUGUGAGGAGGAAUCCGAUCGCAGCCCAUUCAACAACGUUCCCGGCAAUAGAUUUUCCUUUUGUGAAAGUGAUUUGUCCUACUGCCUUUAUCAGAUGGCACCCAGCGCCGGGAAAAGCCCACCGGGUGGAACACAGAUUGGACCACCGGAUGCGAACGACGCAUCGAUGGGAUGGAAUGCAAAUGUCAAGCAAGAAAAUCAGAGACCACCAGUGUUUAACCCAGAGGACUAUGUAAUUUCGCUCAAAAAAUAUGGCCGUCGGGGGUCCAAUGGAAACUUCAAAUCCAUUUACGACACCUCCUCCAACGAAGACCAUGCAACCAAGCAGGACAAAUCGAACGAUAAUGUUCGGGCGCAGACCUUACCGCACAAAAAUUCGGACUAUCGCUCACCAAUAUCAGCACCACCAGAAAUGGAUGGUGAAAUGUCACUACGCCAAUUUGGUUCCGUGACGGACUUGCUUACUAAAUUACGAGCAGAUCUUCGAGCAUCAUUCCCAAGCUUUGUGCAGGAAUUUGUUUCAAGCCCGCUAGAUGGUGUGAGUUUGUUGCUGGAGGUAUUACGAGCGGUCCAACUGAGCCAAAGUGCUCCUAUGAAUGGAACCACUACGAUGCCCCCCGGCGGUUUGGCACGGAACAAUCAAUCCUAUCAAAGGCGUGCUUUACUGGAUGAAUUGGCGUGUUUACAAUGUUUAAGUAUCUGCUGCACGAGAAGUCCAGAGGCUGGCACACGAUUGGGUACGACGCCGAUAGGAUUGUUGCCCCUGGCCGCAGCAGCUACCGGUACGGGCAUAAGAUCGCGCAUAGUAGCACUUCAGCUGCUAACAAUAGCCUGCGACAAGUCAGCUUUAGGCGAUGGAACACAGCGCAGUCAACUGCACGGACACACGGCAGUUUCCGAAGCGCUAUCGACACUCCGGUUGCGUUGCGCUGAGCCCGUGCGGUUUCGGCUGUUGGUAGGAAUGCUUAACAGCGGCGGAGGAUCGGGCGAAUUGCAAGCAAUCGGGAUGAGGUUCAUCAACACGUUUCUCGAGAGCUCGGAAAACAUUCAGACGCGAUUGUACCUGCAGGCGGAGUUGUUUCAGGCGGGACUGGAUCCGUCCCAAAUGUGUAAAACCAUUUCAUCGACCUCACCAUGGUUAGAGCGGCUUCGUUUGGAGGUGAAACGCUGGGAUGCCAUACGGAUCGACAUUGAGCAGCUGCAGUUACAGGCCCGGUCCGCUGAACAGGUCCGCAGUCGUUUGGUUAUCCUAGAGCGUCGAGUACAAAUCCUGCAUGAGGAGAAAACUGUCCUAACUACCAUGGAGAGAAGGCUACAGGAACGGUGUGCGGAGCUACAGCGAGAGGUCCUGCGCUUAAAGGGCACUGCCAGCAACAACAGUACUGGUGCUAAAGCUCACGAGAGUUCCAACUCUUCGAGUCUAGAAAAGAGACCAGUGGCGUUGCCGCGCCAGGUACCACCUCAACCAAAACGAAACAACACUUCAGAGAACGACGAUGAAGGUAUUAGCAGUUCGGAGACAGGGCAGUCCUCGACUCCAGAACCUCCACGUCUGUAUCCGGCUCAAAAUGGAGGAUCAAGUUCAGGCUCGCACAAGUUCAGCAUAUCGCUUACCCAAGAGAGCACCCUUCCUAUGCACGAACUGAAUGGGAAUGGCGAAGACGAUACCAACGCAACGAUCGAGGAUGUAAUCGAGGAGCUACAAAACAUCGUGAACGAUGCAGAGCGCGAAAUUUCAGACCAGAACGAGAUUCUCUAUCAACAAGUGGAUGAUAUCCCUGAACAGGCAUUGUACAGUCUCGAAAUUUCGAACGAACACGAGAUUGUACCUGUAAACCUUUUGCCGCAACCGCCGCGAAAGUCAAGAUCGCUGGCACAUCUGAUUUCGAACCCAUCUGAUGGAGAAGGAUCUGGUUAUGAUUUGAUGAUGGUUAACAACGAAACCAAGGUGGACUUUUUUGAAGAUGAAGAGGACGCGGGUGUUGUGAAAACAAACUUCGAUAUACCUGCAACAAGCUUGCCACUGGAAAUUGCCCAUGAAUCGCACCCGGGCGUCAUUGCAGGGCCGGAUGUGAUCCAUACAGCAGCCGAGACAGGCACUGUGCCGGCACAAGCUCUACAUCACUCACGCAGUCGGCAGCCUACGACGAAGGAUUCAAAUCGAGCCAUACUUAACGUCAUAAUGGACGCACGCGAUAAAGAAUCGCGUCUGCUUAGAGCUCAGUCACUGGAGCGCGAUCAACAUGUCUCACAGUCGGCUGCACCACAGCAGUUUAAUGGUGUAUUUUUUAUGACUGACAUGAACAGUGCCGGCAAGUAUCCAAAACCGGACAUUACGGCAGCACUGGAAGCAAAGAAGGUGACCAAGAACCUGGAUCGUAUGGGUGCAUAUGGAGUCGAUUCGAUGAUAGACAUAGUCAUGACGAAUGAGCAGCGAUUAAAUAAAGCAAAUGCGUACGCAAAAUCACGCAUGGCAGCAGCCACAGGGCCACCCAACCCAGCCAACGGAGCAAUGCCGAGCAACCACCGUACAAUGGCUCACUUAAGACCCCUGGUGCCGGAGCUGGCGGAAAAAGCACGCAACGAAUUGAACGAAGUUCCCAGCCGUAUUACAGACGACCUAGCGGCCCUGAAAGCUUGGCUGCUGAAGCAGCCCCAUCUGAACCCUCGCAUGGAUGAUCAAUUUUUGGUGAAUUUUCUGCGAGGCUGCAAGUAUAGUCUGGAAAAGACGAAAGAAAAACUCGACAACUAUUACACGGUGAAGACUGCGAUACCGGAAUUUUUCGACAACCGUGACCCAGACAAUGCAUCGCUGCAGAGCUACAUGUCGUUCGGUGUCAACCUUCCUCUUCCCCAUACACUUGAAGCCGACGGUCCACGAUUUAUGUUGGUGCGCAUGGGUGCGUACGACGCCAGCAAAUAUUCCAUCGUGGACGUAAUGAAAGUGUGCUACAUGAUCACGGAUCUGUUGUUAGUGAACGAUGACUCUUCCAUUAUCGCCGGCCACAUGGUAUUGGUCGAUUUGAGGGGUCUCACGUUCGCCGGACUAUCACAAUUCAAUCCCACAUUCAUCAAGAAAAUGACUUCCGUUAUUGAAGCGUUCCCGAUUCGCACCAAAGGCAUACACUUCAUCAACCCGUCGUCUGGAUUUGACGCUCUCUUCAAAUUGUUUCAUGGAUUUUUAAGCAAAAAGAUACAGGAGCGCAUUAAGGUUCAUGAUUCAUUCGAGGCUCUCCAUGCGGUUGUCCCCAAAAAAUACCUCCCUGAGGAAUAUGGUGGUAGCGGAGGACGGUUGAAUGAUAUCAUCGAAGAUUGGCGCAAAACUUUAGUGGCCAAUCGAGCCUUUUUCGCCGAGGAUGCAAAAUACCGAAACGACGAACGAAAACGACCAGGCAAGCCGAAAAACGCUAGUACACUGUUUGGCGUGGAAGGGUCGUUCCGAACGCUGGAAUUGGAUUAGAGCAUUACAAGCAACACAUCCAAUUAGGGAAGAAACCAAAAAGCUAAUGAGAAGCAUACUGUUUGUGGAAAACGCUCAACGUCUCUUUAGAUGCGACAAAGAUACGCAUACUAUAAAUUAAUUUUAACCCUGCAUGUCCAAAACAAACGUUCGAUUGCGCAAUUCAUUGACAAAUAAAACAGCACAUUGAGCAACUCAAA